AUGACAACAUACGAAAAGAUCGUCAAGGGCGCCACGAAAAUCAAGGUGGCGGCGCCGAAGCCGAAGUACAUAGAGCCCAUUCUUAUGGCCACUUCUCUGAACCACCAGGUGGCGCUGGAAAACUUCCACACCAUCAUGAGAGCGCUUAGGGUUAGGCUCCAGGACAAUUCGUGGUCGGUGGUGUACAAGGCGCUUAUUGUGAUUCAUAUCAUGAUAAGGGAGGGUGACGGCGAUGUGACUUUGGAUUACCUUGCUACGCUGGCGCCAGGGAUGCUUAAUUUGAGCCAUGCCAAUAUCUCUCGGAACCAGGGUUCCAGCGAUGUGCGGUUUAUUAUGCGUUACUCUCGUUAUUUACACACUAGGGUGAAGCUGUUUGCAGAGACAAAGGUGGAUUAUGUUCGGGAUGAAAGAGUUAAAAACCUGACUGACCAGCAGGGCGGCCGUUUGCGGUCGUUGUCGGUGGAUAAGGGCUUGAUUAGAGAGCUGGAGGGCUUGCAGAAACAGAUUGACGCUCUUUUGAAAAAUAGCUUUAUGGAGAACGAGGUGAAGAACGAUGUGAUCUUGACGGCGUUCCGUUUAUUGGUGAAUGACCUUUUGGCGUUGUUCCAGGAGCUCAACGAGGGUGUGAUUAACCUUUUGGAGCACUACUUUGAAAUGUCUCGCUACGACGCCGAGCGGGCAUUGAAGGUGUACGUCAAGUUUGUCGACCAAACCAAGUACGUUAUUGACUACUUGCGUGUGGCCAAGCACCUUGAGUAUGCUACUGAAUUGCAUGUUCCUACGAUCAAGCACGCCCCAACUGCGUUGACUUCUUCCUUGGAGGAGUACUUGAACGAUCCUAACUUCGAGGAGAAUAGACGUCGCUACAUGCUCGAGAAGGGCCAGAAAGAUAAGCCCAAGUCUGAGGUGCAACCGGAUGCAAAUAAUAGAGAUAUACAGAGCCAAGUGCAAGCACAGGCUGCCCAGGCUCAUAAUCCUCAGACGCCUCAACCUCAGCAGCAGUUCAAUCCUGGUGCUCCAGUGGCCAACAAUGGCCAGUUCCAGUCGCCUCAACAAGGCAACGACUUGCAAAGGUCCGGAACUCUUUUGGUGCAACAGUCUACGUUCAACCCAUGGGCUUCGAGCGUUGCUAGUCCGCAACAGUUCACCUUCCUUCAGCAACAACAACAGCCAACUCAAAUCAACCCAGCCUUCACUGGUGCUGGAUUUGGUGGGUAUGGUGCUCCGCCACAGGCCACUGGAACCAAUCCCUUCAUGCAAAACAACUCCACUGGAUUCAAUGGUCCGUUCCAGCCUCAACCAUCGCAGGAGCAGUUGCAGCAGCAGCAGACUCAGAAUUUCCAGCAGCCUCAAAACUUCCAACAACAAAACUUUCAGCAGACCCAGCAGUUCCCUUUCCAACAAGCUCAACAGACGAACCAGUUCCAGCAACAACCAACGCAACAGUUCCAGGUUCAACAACAACCUACUCAGCAAUUCCAGCCACAACAGACUGGUCAGCAACUGUUGGUAUCCCAACACACCAACAACCCUUUCUCUGGGUCUUCGACUACUCCUACUGGUCAGCCAGUAGCUGUCAACUCCACCAAUCCUUUCGGCAACACACGAUUCUCCAACUCGCAAACCACUCCCUACUCGUUCUCUCAGGAUAGAAACAAAAGGGUUUCGGUGACAGCUACUGGAAGCAAUCCGUUCAAGGUUUCGCAGACGACUACCAGUGUGUUUGACCAUGCUGAGCAGAAUAAAUCUCAGCAAGCAUUACAAAAACAACCGACCGCAGGCGGGUUGGAGCUCUUGCCUACUAUUGCAGCAUUCCCAGAGACACAACAAGAGCAAGUACGGAACACGUAUAUUCUGAACGCACAGAAUAAUUUGACUCUGCAAGCCACUGGCCAGCAGUUUGGUAAUCAGCAGUUUACGGGCCAAACGCAGCAGUUCCAGCAGCCACAUUUGCAACACCAACCCCAGCACGUUCAAAACCGAUUCUUUCAACAACAACUCCAGCAGCAGCAGACCCAGCAACAGCCGCAGCAGAUACAACAGCAGGCUUUCUACAAUGAACCCAGCUUAAUUUAA